AUGACCAAAACAACAGAUUACUCUGGCAGUGGGCUUGUCCACUUUAAAAACCCGCAUUUGGACUUGAUGGAAGAGAACGUUCUGUAUCAUUUGGACUUGGGAACGAAGAUGCACAACCUGCCAGCUAUGUUUGGGGACAUCCAGCUUGUCUGCGUUGGCAGCAGCCCAAACAGGAUGAGGGCAUUUGCCCAGUUCAUGCACAAGCAGCUGGGACUGGUGGGCGAGACGGGAGGACCUGGCAGACAUCCGCGCAGGGAUGGACCGGUGCUCUCCAUCAGCCACAGGAUGGGCAUCCCUUCCAUUUCCAUCAUGCUUCAGGAGGAACUAAUCAAACUGCUGCACCAUGCAAAAUGCCGAGACGUUACUAUUAUACGCAUCGGUACUUCUGGAGGCUUAGGGGUCGAGGCCGGGUCUGUUGUGAUCACAAACAUGGCAGUGGACGACUCCUUCCAGCCACGGUUUGAGCUGGUGGUGCUGGGUGAUGUGGUGGUGCGGAGCACUGAGCUGGACAAGGACCUCGUAGGGGAACUACUUGCCUGCAGCAAGGAGAUCCCUGACCUUCCCACGCUCGUUGGCCAUACUAUGUGCACCUACGACUUCUACAAAGGUCAGGGGAGAUUAGAUGGAGCAUUGUGCUCUUUUUCCAGUGAAAAAAAGCUAGAGUACUUAAAAAGAGCUUAUGACGCCGGCAUGAGGAACAUUGAAACAGAGUCCUCAGUGUUUGCUGCCCUGUGCGGGCUGUGUGGCCUGAAAGAAACAGGGCGAGUGGAGGGCACCUGCAGGGCGGUGCUGCAGCCAGCACCUCCCGCGGGGGUCCUGCUGCUUCGGCCCCUCCAGAGCAUCGAGGCAGGUCCCCCCGUGAGCCCCGGGGAGGGCAGCGGGAGCAGGACCUCCUCACCUUCCCCGCAGGGCAGUACUUUAAGGCCUGGGUACAUGAGGUCGUCUGCACAGCACUCCUGGACUGCCUGGAGGGGGACCAGAUCUGGGGAGUACCAGCAGCGGCCCCAGUGCCUCAUCGCAGCCUUCGUCCGAAAGCACCUGGGGCUGAGCUCUCCGGCGGGAAACACGCUUUUCUCCACAAACUGA